AUGGGAGAGCUUUUGGUCAUAAUCUCAGAGAAGAAUGACAUUGUUUACCAAAGAAUGUAUGGUAGAACAAGCAAUGAGGAAUACUACAGACUCAUCAUUCUGAUCUACGGAUCAAUAGACACACUGGGCUGGAAAACACUAUCCACAAACUCCAAUUACUUCGACUGCCUGGAAAGACACGGCAACCUGAGGAUAAGUGUGUAUAUGAUGCCUUCUGGAUACAAAUCACUGUUUAUCCAUUCCAAAAGAAAUCCUCGUCCAUUUCUGGAAAGAAUCCACUGUGUGUUUGCUGCAGCCCUUAUAUCAUCCUCACUGGAGGAGGGAGUCUUCAAAAGCCAAUCUCUGGACGACAAAUUUGAUGAGAUCCACAAAGCCUGCUUCUAG